UAUUAUAAAUCUAUGCAUAAAAAAGUGUAUUUCAGUAAAAUAAAGUUAAUAAGUGCUACUUUUUUAUGUGAUGGUAAGGUUUUGAGUGAUAUGUAUGUAAGUAUAAAAGUUUAGUUGUGAGAUUUGAAAAUAAACAAGAAUCGUGUGCUAUGUAUGUAAAUGCCCCUUCUUUUAUCUUUCCAGUAGCAUUGUACCCGGGAAAAACUUUCUUAUUAUUUUACUGCAGCGCUGACUUGAAUUGAGUGAAGCAACUCAGUAUGGUCCCAUGCCAGACUUUGGUAAAAACUCACUUCGAUGCUCAUCUUUUAGAACUCCAUUGGAACACUUAGAAUCAUAUCUCAGAAAUGAUAUUCAAAGGGCUUUGAAACUUCUAUUUGUCUUUGUUGUGAUCCGCUUGGAUGAGAAACCGGAUAGAAUUGAAAGCAUUCUAAAUUCAGCUUUUGGAGAAGCUCCAGCUUCCAAAAAAAACGGAAUGGAGGCAUUGACUGAUCCAAUUGCUUCAAGCACACGGGAAGAAUUUAAUUUAAGGAUUGCUAAGAAACUCAGCUUCUAUCUCUUAAGAAACAGUUGAUGAAGGACUCCAUGGAUGUGUUGAGCACAGAAGCUUGCCUGUGAGAUGGGCUCUGAAAGCUUUGUGAGCUGAGAGGUUGCUGGUUCCCUGCCUGAGCAAGCCUUUUUAGGAGGUCUAUUAUUCUGGGUAGAAGCUUGGAUGAGAUUGAUAAAAAGUCUGAGAGCUGCAUAAUUCAUCAAAAUCAGGAGAGAUGCAAAUUAUCGAAAGUUAAGGGGCCAUUUAGGAUUACUUUUGAUUUUUUAUUUUUAUUCUUUUCUUUUAAUUAUCUGUUACAUGAAAUAAAACAUAUUUGAUGUGUUAUAAUACGUUUAUUUUUGUAAGUCUUGCGUUUAAUGUUGCACAAAGUUGCAC